UCAUUUAGAGUGGGUCAGCAUACCCACCAAGAAUAGCACUGGUAUAUUUUGUGAAGAUGGUUCUGGGAAUAAGAUCAAAGAGUAGAAAAAGUGUCUCAAUCCAAGUUCACUACAUCAUCCAUGUUCAGGAGAUCAAGCCAUGGCCCCCUUCACAAUCACUGAGAUCUGUUCAAUCUGUGUUACUGCAAUGGGAAAAUGGUGAUCAAAAUUCUGGGUCUCUGGCUUCCAGUUCUGCCAAUGGAAAAAUCGAAUUUAAUGAAUCUUUCAGGCUUUCAGUUCUUUUGUGGAGAGAAGCAUCCAAGAAAGGCAAACACCGUGAGACUUUCCAGAAGAACUGCUUAGAAUUUUACUUGUAUGACAAGACAGUUAAAAGUCAACUAUUGGGAACAGCCACAAUUAACCUUGCAGAUUCUGGAAUUAUUAAGGAAACUAAAGCCAUAAACGUUGUGUUGAACUGCAAGAGGAGUUUCAGAAACUCAACCCAACCAUUUCUUUAUGUUAAUAUUCAGCCAUUUGAUAUAGAGUGUUCCAGCUCAUCACCAACCAGCAGCUUGUCAAAAGAAUUGUCACUAGACAAGGAAGAAACUGAAUCUGUAUCACAGUCACUAAAAGAUGAUGAUAAUGAAAUUGCCUCUUUUACUGAUGAUGACAUUGAUGACAUUCCUUCAAAUACCUCCUUGCAAAGUAUCAGAUCUGCUCCAGAGAAGACAGGAGACUGCAUCAAAAUCAGCAAAGGAGGAUCAAAGGGAUAUAAUGGAGAAUUUGUUCUACCCUCGGAAAGUACUUCUUCUAGCUUACUUGGAAACACAGACGAUGAAGAAUCCACAAAGUUCAACAGUUUCAAAUAUCCCUCUUCAUCUGUCUUUCUGUGCUCAGAUAUCGGAAAUGCUGCAAAUGGCAGGUCUUCUUUACCUAAAAUUUCUGAGGGAAGUGUCCAGGUUGCUGAUGCAAGUUCUGAAGUUCGAGAAAUCAUUCAACAAUCCUGUGAGCAAAAUGUCACUAAGGGUGAUAUGGUCAGAGCCAUAUCUUCCCCUUCAUACAUUUCAUCAAGUAUGCAACCAAAAUUUGAAAGAUCUUCCCAAUCUCAAGUGAGUCAAGAGGAUAGCGUGACUCAAGAAGAUAGCACAAGAGACCAGAGAUAUAACAAUUAUGAUCCACAGAGAGUUAGCAAUUUUUCUAACGCUGGAGUUAUGGAGGACAAAGAGAAAAUGGACAAGAGAAGAAAACGACAAGAACAGUUUACUAUGAGGAAUGAGCUUUUGGAAAAUAAACUUGUUAAUAAUUUUUCUGGUGAUGAUUCUACAAGGAAAGGAAAAUUAAAUAGUGAUACUCUUCUACUAAGUGAAAAAUCACAUGAACAUCCUACAAAUAUUUUGAUGAAUGAUAAAGCAGAGGAUGUGACAAAUGUAACGUUUCCUUCACAAUCUGCUGAGAGAUAUGGACUGUUCAUCAGGAAUCAGACCCUAGAUCAGGCGGAGGAAAUUAAUAUUUUGAAUGAUGUUCAUGUUGGUACUGGUUGUCACAAAAUUAAUCUGAAUGGAAGCUUUCCUAAUGAUAAAACUGAAUUGAAGGCUGAAGUUGAAAUGCUUCGAGAAGAGCUGAUGGAAGCUGCUGCUCUUGAAGUUUCGAUGUAUUCAGUUGUUGCUGAACAUGGUAGCUCAUCAAACAAGGUCCAUGCACCUGCUCGACGCCUUUCUAGAUUCUAUUUCAAUGCUUGUAGUGUUGGCUCCCCUGCUAAAAUAGCUAGUGCAGCUCAGACUGCUAUCUCUGGUUUUGUUUUGGUUUCUAAAGCAUGUGGAAAUGAUGUUCCAAGGUUGACAUUCUGGUUCUCAAAUUUAAUAUUGCUGAGAGCAAUUGUGAGCAAAGGAGUUGAAAAUAUACACCUUGGUGACGGUCCAUGCAUCAAUAGGAAAUUUGAUGGAAAUGGUUCCCCUCUUCCUGAAGAAGAAAAAGAAAAUGCAGAAAAAAAAAUUCAUAGCUGGGAGGAUCCAGAAACAUUUUUAGUUGCAUUGGAAAAGGUUGAAGCGUGGAUAUUCUCUCGAAUCGUUGAAUCUGUGUGGUGGCAGACUUUGACUCCGUAUAUGCAGUCUGCAGCUGCUAAGAGCUCUAGCUCUAGGAAAAUCUCUGGGAGGAGAUAUGGAAUAGGUGAUCAAGAUCAAGGAAGCUUUUCUAUUGAUUUAUGGAAAAGAGCUUUCAAGGAUGCUUGUGAAAGGCUUUGCCCUCUUCGAGCUGGAGGACAUGACUGUGGCUGCUUGCCUGUGAUAGCUAGAUUGGUGAUGGAGCAGUUAGUUAAUAGACUUGAUGUGGCAAUGUUCAAUGCUAUUCUUCGUGAAUCAGCUGAAGAGAUGCCCACGGAUCCUAUAUCUGAUCCCAUUAGUGAUUCUAAGGUUCUUCCUAUUCCAGCUGGAAAAUCAGGCUUUGGGGCUGGUGCGCAACUGAAAAAUGCUGUUGGUAACUGGUCAAGAUGGCUUUCAGAUUUAUUUGGCAUGGAUGAUAGUGACUCUCAUGAAGAUAGCAAUGAAAAUGAUGACCCAAAACGGGAACCACCCUCCAAACCUUUCCAUCUCCUUAAUGCAUUAAGUGAUCUGAUGAUGCUUCCUUUUGAAAUGCUUGCAGAUGGGUCUAUGAGAAAAGAGGUAUGCCCUAGAUUUGGUAUAUCCUUGAUAAGACAUGUUUUCAACAAUUUUGUCCCCGACGAGUUCUCCCCAGGACCUAUCCCUGAUGCUGUUCUUGAGGCCUUGAACAACGAGGAUAUUCAGGAUGAUGAAGGUUCCAUCACAAGCUUUCCAUGCACGGCCUGUUCCACAUUCUAUGGACCACCUCCAGCUUCUUCAAUUGUGGGCAUGCUACAAGAAGUGGGAACCCAAAAUUUACUAAGAAGUGGGUCAUUUGUGCUCAAAAAGUUAUAUACCAGUGAUGAUGAACUUGAUGAAUUAGAUUCUCCCCUUUCUACUCUUGGCAUGGAUGAUUCCUCACUUGCAUCUAAGAAAAAUUUUGCUGUGGUAAAAGGAGGCCGUAAGGUUGUUCGGUAUGAGCUUUUGCGAGAAGUAUGGAAGAGUAGUGAAUGAUGUAUGUAUAUAUUUCUAUUGGUGUUUUAUUCUUUUGUACAUGUAAUUACAAUUUAACCGGUUUUGGUUUGUUUUG